UUAAACCAUUUAUUCACAUAAACUGCACCUCUGUUGUAUUUAGACUCUGCAUCAGGUGCCUAUUAGCCUCUGUAAUGUGCAGAAAAGCUCUGCCAAUCAGACCUAAUGUGGCCCAUGCAACGCAGGGGAGCAACAGCAACAAAAAAAAACAAAGCAGUCAAAAACGCAAGACUAUUGGAUUCGUAGGUUGUUCCAUGAACAUCAACUUGGGAAAAUACACCCCAAAAACAAGUUUCAUAUACACAGUGCCAACAAGUCUGCAUUCUGGGUGUUUUGAUGCCCAGAACAUUAAUAGUUGGUGGGAAACAAAAGGUCCAGAAUAAUGCAACAAUUAUUUCAACUGCAAUCGACCGGACCCUUGGGUGCAUUUGUAGGUCGGCCAAUUGGAAAUAAUAGAUGUGGCAUUUCCAAGCUGCAAUCACCACACACUAGUCAAUCCAUGGCUCCAAUGGAAUGUCUUUCAAAUCAACGAGGAGCAAUUCUGUCCCUGCCCCAGGAGCUGUUAAAUGCUCAGAAUGAAACGAGGUAGAGUAACAGUAACAAUUGAUAGUCAAGUUGUAAAAUCAUCACAGAGAAUGAAAAAACUGAAAAUGGAGAGCCCAUCAUCAAAGAUGUGCAAACCACAAAUGCAGCCCUGCAUGUUAGACUGGGGCAAUCUGCCACACCAUGUUGUGCUGCAUAUUUUUCAGUAUCUCCGUUUAGUAGAUCGUGCUCGUGUAUCCUCUGUUUGCCGGCGGUGGAAUGAAGUUUUUCACAUCCCCGAGCUAUGGAGAAAGUUUGAGUUUGAACUGAAUCAGCCAGCUACUUCAUACCUGAAAUCCACUCAUCCUGAUCUGAUUCAACAGAUUAUCAAAAAGCAUGCAGAUCAUCUUCAGUAUGUUAGCUUCAAGGUUGACAGUUGCACAGAGUCAGCAGAAGCCGCUUGUGAUAUUCUUUCCCAGCUUGUGAACUGUUCCAUCAAAACACUUGGUCUCAUAUCAACGGCAAAACCUAGUUUCAUGAAUGUAUCAAAGUCUCAUUUUGUCGCUGCACUCACAGUGGUGUUUGUGAACUCAAAGUCACUCUCCUCCAUAAAGAUUGACGACACUCCCGUUGACGACCCUUCAUUAAAGGUUCUGGUAGCAAAUAACAGCGACACGUUGAAACUACUAAAAAUGAGCAGCUGUCCACAUGUUUCUCCUGCUGGGAUCCUGUGUGUGGCAGAUCAAUGUCACGGCCUUCGAGAGCUGGCUCUUAAUUACCAUCUUCUGAGCGACGAGCUAUUACUGGCCCUUUCCACCGAGAAGCAUGUUCGCCUUGAACACCUUCGAAUUGAUGUUGUAAGUGAGAAUCCAGGUCAAACACAAUUUCACACUAUUAAGAAGCAGAGCUGGGAUGCCGUUAUCAAGCACUCACCCAAGGUGAACAUUGUCAUGUACUUCUUUCUGUACGAAGAGGAAUUCGAUGCAUUCUUCAGAGAAGAGACUCCUGUCACACAUCUGUACUUUGGCCGGGCAGUAAGCAAAGCGAUGCUUGGACGAAUUGGUAUGAACUGCCCACGCCUAAUUGAGUUGGUAGUGUGCGCCAACGGCCUUCAACCACUGGAUGAUGAACUCAUCAGAAUUGCGGAUCGAUGCAAGAACUUGACUGCUAUUGGUCUUGGAGAGUGUGAGGUUUCUUGCAGCGCGUUUGUAGAGUUUGUAAAAAUGUGCGGCAGAAGACUGACCCAGCUAUCCAUUAUGGAAGAAGUACUCAUUCCCGACAACAAAUACAACUUGGAGCAAAUUCAUUAUGAAGUUUCAAAGCAUCUUGGUAGAAUGUGGUUUCCAGAUAUGAUGCCCACUUGGUAACCACUGCGGUACAAUGCGUCCGUUUUUUAGAAUUCUGUUGGCCUUUGGAUCUACUUACUAUGCAACAGUCGCAUUCUAAAAUAUAUGGUGAAAAUAUGACUUGAUUGAUACGGUUUAUACUGGAUAAAAACGUUAAAUGAAUCAUGUGAUUGUCUGUGAAGGGUUCAUUCAUCCAGUUCAUGAUACAUUGGGUCACAUUUACUAAAGGGUGAAUUGUGGAUGUUUUGAGAAAAUUUGGCAAAAAGACACCACAACAUCGUCUAUUUACUAAAUGGCGAAGACGACAAUGCAUAAGCAAAAACCUCAGCGCUAGAGAACUUUUGCCAGCGAAAAAUUCUCUAGCGAAAGUCCGGUAAUUUAUUUAUAUUAAGUAUGAACGCUACCCUUUUUCGCUAAAGUGUAUUUCGCUAGGUUGAGGCUGGCGAAGUCCCAUUAUAAACACACAGCAGCCACUUAACUCGCAAUCAACAUUGCCCUUUCCAUGCUACUUUUCGCCAUGGUAAAAAUUCUCUGGCGAAAAUUCGUCAGAAAAAAUUGUCUAGAGAAUUUUCCGUACUACUGUUGUAUGGGGAAAUAUACUGGCGAUUUUUCACCAGGGGAAAAUUCACCACAAUUCUUUUGAAAAAGUGAACUUACGAUUUUUAGUAAAUAGGGAGAUGUGUUGUGAAAAUACACUUGGCGAACUGUGGUUAAGUUAGGUGAAGAGAAAAU